AUGACUUCCAGAACCGGCUGGGCUGCCCGCCGUGCCAACAAAUGCGAUUCGGACGAAAAUGGAGCACACAGUUGGGACAAAUGGCAGAAAUGCUGUCCAGCGGGAAUGAAAAUUACUGUCGACAGUGAAAACAAUUCGGGAUGCAGUUUUGGAGACCCUCCAGCAAAUUUUCCAGAACAGUGCGCUGAUCCAGAUUUGGUUCUCUGGUAUGAUAAUUGGGGGAAGUUCUGCUGUGAUGCAGAUCUGAAAGGAUUCGCCACGAAGAAAGAACACUGGAAGGGCUGUGCGACUUCGGAUGAGUUCAACGCUAUGUACGCAGCUGGGAAUAUAACGAAUAUUUCUCAGAAGGCUAUGUCGCCUGAUACCACAACUUCCGCUAGCACUUUGACAUCACAAACCUCGGCAUCCACGACAACGUCAGAGUCUUCCUCGACAUCAGCGGACUCGGAAUCUCAUGGCUCGUCAACAAAUAAAGGCGCAAUUGCGGGCGGCGUGGUUGGAGGAGUUUGUGGAGCACUCUUGAUCCUUGGGCUUCUAUGGUUUUUCCUUCGCCGUCGUCGUUCUUCAUCAGUUACAAAACAUGAAGUCUCAGAAUACGCGGCUUCUCAACCGUCUGGGUAUUCUAGUCCACCAGGAUAUCGUAGCUCCACCCAGGGUGAACUUUAUGGUACUGCUACUUCGCACGAGGUACCAGGAACGUGCCGAUGA